UGGCGGUUCUCAAUGGUCGCGGUGGUGUAGAACCGUGCGGUACCGUGUAGAGACCGUAGAACCGUGAGCGCGGAAUCACGAGCGGGUAGAAACCUCCUGUUUGGAAGAGGAUAGUCAGGACACGACUGCCCGAGACAGCAACACAGCUCACUCCUCGCCCCGACUAUGUUCGCAGCAAGGCGCGCUCUUAUCUCCAACACGAUCAAGGAUGUCUUCGCGAGGUCGAAGCACUCGCUCCCGGAUAUGCCGUACGACUACAGGGCUCUGGAGCCCAUCAUAUCCGGCGAAAUCAUGGAGCUCCAUCAUUCCAAGCAUCACGCAACCUACGUUAACAAUCUGAACGUGGCCGAGGAUAAAAUGCGGGAGGCGGUCGCGAAAGGCGACGUUAAUACGCAAAUCGCCCUGGGCCCGGCUCUCAAGUUCAACGGCGGUGGUCACCUCAAUCACUCGAUCUUCUGGUGCAAUCUCUCGCCCAAUGGUGGCAAACCGGAUGCCGCUCUUGCGAAGCAAAUCAGCAAAGACUUCGGCAGUAUGGAGGAUAUGAAGACGCGCUUAUCCGAGAUGACCGUGGCAAUUCAGGGCUCCGGUUGGGGCUGGCUCGGUUACGAUCAGAAGGCCAAGUCGCUGAGGAUAGCGACCUGCGCGAAUCAAGACCCGCUGCAAGCCACGACCGGUCUCAUUCCUCUCUUCGGCAUCGACGUGUGGGAACACGCCUAUUACUUGCAGUACAAAAACGUACGGCCCGUCUACGUGCAAGCAAUCUUCGACAUUAUUAACUGGCAGGAUGUGAACGCGCGCUUCAAAAACGCCACCGGUUGCUAAGGAUUUACAGAGUCGUCUAGCGUUUAAGUCUGGUUUUUUUCCAGAUAUUGAGAGGUUUUCUAGAGUGGCGCUUGUAUCUAGGACCAACAGGUAUCAUCAGGAACUUUUGACACACUUAAUUCGCCUGUGAUUUCACGCUUUUCUUUUGUACGCUAUAUUCGACGUAACUAGGAUCGAGUUACGAGUAAAACGGAUGUGUAAAAGUACAUUCAUUUAGAACCUUGUCUUUAAUAUAAAAUGGAAAUCCGUUUUUAUUUAGUAGCAAUAAAAUUAAGGGGACACAU